AGAAAAUUGGCGCUGCAGUCGCGUUCGCUGCCACGUAAUGUUGUGUGUCGUUUGUGAAUUUCUUUUUCCAAGAUAAAAUUAUUCGAUUUUUCAAUUUAUUUUUAACAGUGCAAUGAGUGAAUUUGUUACGCCCAAAAUAUAACGCUGAAUUUUGAUUUCAGCUCGAGAUUCAGCAAUAAAAAAAAGGUUUCAGUUAUCUCACACAACAUAAAAUGUCUCAAUUAAGCAAUCAUCCUUAUCCAAAGAACUCGGAUUCGGAUUCUGUUUUAAAAAGUGGACCACCACCACCUCCUGUUAAUGGCAUUGGUCAACCAAAUAAUAUCCAGUAUUCACAAAAUGGCAUUCAGUCUCCUCAUUUAGCUGGUACACCAUCAUCACAAUCGUCUCGUGAUCCAUCGCGAGAAACAUCAAGGGAUCCGUCGCCAACGCAAUAUCUUCGUGGCGCAACUCAUCAAUCGCAAUAUCGACCCGAAUGGAGACCUCAAAUGCCACCAAUAAACGGACGAGAAAUAGCAAAUUUUCCCACACCACAAAAUACCGAAAUUCGUGAAGCGAAUCGCGUUUCUCCACUUCAAGGGCCGCGAAAUUUACCCCCUCAUCAAAGUACUGGAAUUUCCAAUGUUGCAGGAGGAUCAGUUUUUAAAUCGAUGCCGAAUCCCGUGAAUUUAACGGAAAACAAAAUACAACAACAAAAAUUAGAACCAGCGUCAUCGUUUUCACAAAAAUCGUCAUCACCAUCGUCAUUUAAUUCGGCCUUCAAUGAUCUCAGGCUUAACGAUAAUUCCCCGAGUGAAUCGAAACAAACUCAGGGACAAAGUCUAAUUCCAAAUAAUCCGGGACAAGUUCCAAUUUCAAAUCCAACGCAGAGUCAAAUUUUAAAUAGUUCAGGACAGAUUCCUAUUUCGAAUCCUCCACAAAGUCUAAUUAAUCCGGGACUGGUUCCAAUUUCGAAUCCGCCACAAAGUCAAGGGCCAAAUAAUCCGGGACUGAUUCCAAUUUCGAAUCCGCCACAAAGUCAAGGGCCAAAUAAUCCGGGACUGAUUCCAAUUUCGAAUUCGCCACAAAAUCAGGUUCCAAAUAAUCCGGGACUGAUUCCAAUUUCAAAUCCGCCACAAAGUCAAGGGCCAAAUAAUCCGGGACUGGUUCCAAUUUCGAAUUCGCCACAAAAUCAGGUUCCAAAUAAUCCGGGACUGAUUCCAAUUUCGAAUCCGACGCAGAGUCAAGUUCCAAAUAUUCCGGGAAAAAUUCCAAUUUCAAAUCCGGCGCAAAGUCAAAUUCCAAAUCCAAUGCAAAAUCAAAUUCCAAAUUUGUUACAAAGUUCUUUGAAUCGAACGCAAAGUCAAGUUUCACCUCAAAAUUGGAAUCAAGCCACGACACCUCGUCAAAAUUUGUCAAAUUUUCCAAAUUCAAAUUUACAAGGUCCAACUAAUAUUUUAAAUCAAUCGCGAAAUAUUCAAACGACACAAAAUCAAUCCCAUUUUCAAACGCAAUCAAAUCUUCAAAGUCAAACGAAUACUAUUCAAAAUCCAACAAAUCUUCAUCAAAGUCAAACAAAUUUACAAAAUCCACCAAAUCUUCAUCAAAGUCAAACAAAUUAUCCAAAGCAACAAAAUUUAUCAUCAUCAAAUUUAGUAGGAAAUUAUAAAUCCAAUUUCGAUAAUCAACGAAAUUUAUCCAGCGGUCAACAAACCAAUCCCCGUAAUGUCGAUAACACAAAUAAUCAAUUUGAUGGUAAAAUAACGGCAAAUUAUUUUAAUACAAGUCAAAGUGGAGGAGGACCAAUGCAAAAUUCACAAAAAUUAUCAAAUCAAACAACAAUUGAUCAAAGUUUGAAUCGAUAUCCAAGUGGUAGUCAAUAUGGAAUUUUAUCACAACCGCCAAUUCAACAAAAUAUUCCAAAGAUGACGAAUUUUCCAACAAAUGUACAAAAUACAAUUCCAACGGUGACGCAAAAUAUUCCAAAUGCUCAACAAAUUGUAGGAGGUGGUAAUACAACAAUGCCAUCGAAUUUUUAUCCUCAACAAUCAUCAAAUUUACCUAGUCAAAAUAAUAGUAAAUAUCCGCCAUCGAAUUAUUCGUAUGGUAAUCAAUUAACGAAUGCCAAUUUAUCGGGACCACCGUUAAUGAGUCAAAAUGCUGCGACGGUUCCUGGGGUACAACAGACGACGAGAAUGCCGUAUCCGGGAAUGCCGCCAACGGCUACGAUGCCACAACAGCAAAAUCUACAAGACACGAGACCUCCAUAUCCACGGCCAAUGUCCAAUGUUCCUCUAGAUAACAUGGCAAAAAGAUAUCCAACUGCUUAUCCAGAUCAACUCAAUCAACAAAAUAGUCAAAUUAGUGGAUAUGGCGUUACUCAAACUGGUUUUAAUAAACUAUGGGGAAAUGAUACUGUUGAUCUUCUGCAGUGUAGAAAUAUUUUACCAUCGGAUAAAGUUGAACCUCCUAAAAUAAAAUUACAUCAAGACUUUUUAGAUCAAGUAAACUGUAGUCCAGAUAUUUUCCGAUGUACACUCACGAAAAUUCCAGAAUCGAAUUCCCUUUUACAAAAAUCGAGAUUACCAUUGGGUGUUCUUAUUCAUCCGUUCAAAGAUUUAUACCAUUUAGCAGUGAUACAAUGCAGUACAAUUGUUCGUUGUCGUGCUUGUCGAACUUAUAUUAAUCCUUUCGUCUAUUUUGUCGACUCGAAAAGAUGGAAAUGUAAUUUAUGUUACCGAGUUAACGAACUUCCAGAUGAAUUUCAAUUUGAUCCAGCUACAAAAUCUUACGGUGAUCCAUCACGUAGACCGGAAGUUAAAACCAGCACAAUUGAAUUUAUCGCACCCAGUGAAUACAUGCUCCGUCCACCGCAACCGGCGGUUUAUCUUUUUGUUUUGGAUGUCUCGCGACUCGCUGUUGAAAGUGGUUAUUUAAAUGUUGUUUGCAAAACAAUUGAGGAAGAACUUACAAAAAUGCCGGGCGACGGAAGAAUGCAAAUUGGAUUCAUUGCAAUUGAUUCGGCGAUUCAUUUCUUUAGUUUGGCGGACGGUGUUUCGCAGCCACACGAAAUGAUAAUGCUCGAUGUUGAAGAUGUAUUUUUACCCUGUCCGGAGAAUUUGAUAGUUAAUUUGAAAGAAAGAGGUGCUUUGGUCGAUAUGCUGUUGAAGCAAUUGCCCUCCAAGUUUGAGGGAACACAUGAUACACAAUGUGCUUUAGGAGCCGGAUUACAAGCCGCUUAUAAACUCAUGUCAUCGACUGGAGGUCGAGUUACGGUUUUCCAAACUUGCCUACCAAAUGUCGGUCCAGGUGCUUUACAAUCGCGUGAAGAUCCGAGCACACGCGCCAACAAAGAUGUUCCAAAUUUAAAUCCUGUUACCGAUUUUUACAAACGUCUCGCACUCGACUGCAGCAGCCAACAAAUUGCAAUUGAUCUGUUUCUUCUAAAUUCUCAAUACAGUGAUUUAGCCACACUCUCUGGUAUGUGUAAAUUUUCGGGUGGCUGUAUAUAUCAUAUUCCACUAUUUCGAAUAUCAAAAUCGCCAAGUGUUGAGACGCUCGAUCGCACAUUACGUCGUUAUUUAACAAGAAAAAUUGGACUCGAAGCAGUGAUGAGAAUUCGUUGCUCACGCGGUUUAAGCAUUCAUUCAUUCCAUGGUAAUUUCUUCGUUAGAUCGACCGAUUUAUUGAGUUUGCCAAACGUUAAUCCCGACGCUGGAUUUGGAAUGCAAGUUUCAAUUGAUGAGAAUUUAUCCGAUGUUCAAAAUAUCUCUUUUCAGGCUGCCUUACUUUAUACAUCAAGUAAAGGAGAGAGAAGAAUAAGGGUCCACACACUAUGCCUACCAGUAACGAAUAGUCUUACGGAUAUUUUACAUUCGGCGGAUUCACAAUGUAUAGUUGGACUUUUGUCAAAAAUGGCAGUCGAUAGAUCAUUACAAUCAUCUUUAUCGGAUGCAAGAGAUGCUCUAAUUAAUGCCGCUGUUGAUAUGCUUUCCGCUUACAAAAUAUCGCAAUCAUCACCAACUGGAGGUCUCUUGGCACCCGAUAAUCUUAAACUAUUACCUCUUUAUAUUAUUGCCUUACUAAAAUGCGUUGCAUUCAGAUCGGGAAUGAAUACACGUGUUGACGAUCGAAUUUUUGCCAUGUGCCAAUUAAAAACAUUACCUCUUUCACAAUUAAUUCAAACUAUUUAUCCGGAUCUUUAUGCGGUUCAUACAUUGGAUGAUAAACAACGUGUGAAAGAUAUUGAUGGUCGUAUUUGUCCACAACCAUCGAGGCUACAUUUAUCAGCUGAGAGACUUGAUUCACGAGGUGUUUUUCUAUUGGAUACGGGCGACAAAAUUCUCAUCUAUGUUGGUAAAAAUAUUAAUCCAACAUUCUGCUCCAAUGUCUUUGGAGUUCCUGAUUUUACAUCGUUACCAGAAGAAAUGUAUGAAUUACCCGAAUUCUCAAAUCCAGACUCGGAAAGGCUGAGUAGUUUUGUAUUUAGUCUACAAGAGGAAAAACCAUAUUACGUGUCUCUUCAAAUAAUCAGGGAUGACAGUCACUUUAGAACACUAUUCACUGAAAGAUUAGUGGAGGAUCGCUUUGAAUCAGCAUUAAGUUAUUAUGAAUUCUUGCAGCAUUUAAAGCCGCAAAUAAAGUGAAAGACUGUAAAAAAAAAAAAAAAAAAAAAUGAAAAUAAGAGAGACAAAAGUGAAUUUGAAAUUCUACGAGUUAAGUUCGUCGAAAGACCAAAAAUUUGUAUUUGGUAAUUAUAAAAAUUUAAUUAAAAUGAAAUUAUACAUAAAAAAAAAUGAAUAUAUAUAUAUAAAUAUAAAGAAUUGAGAGGAAAAAUGCCAUAAAAAGAUAACCGGUAAACGGUAUACUUUAAAGCAUUUAAAGUAAUAGAAUGUAAUUAUAAAUAUUAUUAUUAUAUUAUUAUUAUAAU